UACUACGCAGUGAACGUACUCAUGAAUGAUUUUAACCGCAAGGCCUGACGUCCUUGCGGGAUAGCUUUCACGAGCGCUUUCACUUUCUUCAAGCUAACGGCUAAUGUUGCAGUCAAGCACAUGAAAACAAGCACACAUUUUAAAAAGAUCUAAAUUAAUAAUGCAUGUUUUUACGUACACAUACAUAUUACCUCUAAUGCGAUUGUUCAAGCUUUUUAUUUCAUAAUAUUAAUAAUAACAAUACAUUAAACUUCUACAGCGCUUCUCAAGACACUCAAAGCCGCUUUCCACUUAUCAGAUGACAAUAACAGUAAAGUGAGUGAGCAGGAAGCCCGGCUGGCGGGGGUUGGUGUCAGCGACGUUUUCCACCGCGGUGGAAUACAGAAAAGUCACGCCGGCUGGCGAGAGCCUCCCUUGAACGUCAGGGGACGCGGAAGAAUGGUCAGUAGCUGAGCUCGCUGCACGCAUGUUCGCGGCUCACAACCGAGAGCUUGCUGAGAGAGAGAUGGGUACGGGCUUAUCCUGCCUCAGAAGAAUUGUUUGACUAAGCCAACACGUCUCCAGAAACAUUCUGUGUUUGGGGAUGACUCCGACGAUGAGACAUCUGUCAGGGAGAGUCUGCAAAAAGAAGCAGCGAAGAAGAAGACGAUGAGGCAGACUCAGCUGGAAAUGAAGAAGGCCUUGGAAGAGGACAGUACCGUGUACGACUAUGAUGCCGUGUACGACGACAUCCAAAAGCAGAGGCUGGUCAACAGUCAAAAAGUUUUGUUGGGGGCAGAAAAGAAGCCAAAGUACAUCCACCAGCUCAUGAAGGCGGUGGAGAGCCGCAAGAAGGAGCAGGAACGUCGGGAGGAGAGGAAGAUCCAGAAGGAGCGCGAGGCGGAGGGCGAGCAGUUUGCCGACAAGGAGGCGUAUGUCACCUCGGCCUACAAGCGUAAGCUGCAGGAGCAGGAGGAGGAAGAAGAGCGCGAGCGGAGGGAGGCCGCCAUUGAAGCUGCUUUGGACGUGAGGAAACAAAAAGAUCUGAGCGGCUUCUACCGACAUCUUCUGAACCAGACUGUAGGAGAAGCAGCUGUCCCGGAUCGCUUGGCUAACAAAAGUCAAAAGUCAGAAGAUGUAAUGGUUCCAGAAACAUCUCAGACAACUGUUGACAUCACGUCAAGUCCCGGAAGUGAUGGCGAAGACGCCCACGAGAAGAAAAACAGAUUCCACAGGACCGCCUGCGCCGCCUCGUCCUCACAUUCCAAACGACAUUACAGACUGAGGUCGCCCUCAUCAGGAAGUGAGUGUGAGAGAGAAAGAGAUGUGUGCAGAAAGAAAGGGCGAGACAAGGACGAGUCACACGGCAAGAGGAGGCAAGACCGUGAUGGCGAGAGUCACCGAAGCAGACUCCAAGACAGAGAGAGGGAAGAAGACGGCAGGAGGAUGUCGGAUAAAGAUGAAGGGAGAGAGGAAAAGAUGAGGAACGAUGAGGACGGAAACAAAGCACCGAGAGGAAAGAAGAAGGAUGAAGGAUGCGAGAGGGAGGAUGAAGGGGAGAAAGGCGAAAAUGUGAUGGUAGUGAACAAGUUCGCCAAACGUUCCGACGAGCAGACUCUGUGCUCGGCCAGAGAUCGAUACCUCGCCCGCCAGAUGGCGCGCUCGGCAGCCAAAUGCUACAUUGAGCGCGACGAAGACUGACUGCCACUGCACACCGGUCCCCAGCUUCUCACCCAAAUGUUCAAAGAAAGAAAAUUGUGUGAUCAAAUGUAGAGUGACAAUAAAAUCCUUCCUAUUUGAGUGUGGCUCCCAUGAACAUUGAAGACAGGU